CUCCCUUCCGCCCGCAGCUGCCAUGGCGGCGCGGCGGCGCCGUGCGCAUGUGCGGAGCUCCAUGGCGAGACAAGGGGCCGAGCGCGCGCAGGGCGGCCCGGCGCGGAGAGGGCUGUGACGGCUGCCAGCCUCCCUCGGCACCUGCCUGCUGAUGCCCGUCGGAGCGGAGCGAUGAAGGGGCAGCAGAAAGCAGCCGAGACGGAAGAGGGCACAGUGCAGAUCCAGGAAGGUGCAGUGGCCACAGGCGAGGACCCAACCAGUGUGGCCAUUGCCAGCAUCCAGUCCGCAGCCACCUUCCCCGACCCCAACAUCAAAUAUGUCUUCAGGACCGAGAACGGCGGCACCCAGGUGAUGUACAGAGUGAUCCAAGUGGCGGACGGGCAGCUGGAUGGGCAGACGGAGGGCACCGGAGCCAUCAGCGGCUACCCUGCCGCCCAGUCCAUGACACAGGCCGUGAUCCAGGGAGCGUUCAGCAGCGAGGAGGGAGUGGAGCCCGAGGCCGGCGGCGCCGAGGCUCACUACAGCUACUUCCCCGCGGCCGAGGCCACCGCGGCCACCACCGCCACGGCCGUGGUCACCACGCAGAGCUCGGACACCCUGCUGGGGCAGCCCACGCCCACGGGUACCGCCUGGCGCCCCCCGCCCCCCCCCGGCCGGGCCGCCGGCACCGCCUCACCCCCUGCUCCCCCCCCAGGGCAGUUCUUCGUCAUGAUGUCGCCGCAGGAGGUCCUCCAGGGGGGCACCCAGAGGUCCAUCGCCCCCCGGGCACAUCCCUACUCCCCGAAGUCGGAGGCCCCGCGGGCGACCCGGGAUGAGAAGCGCCGGGCACAGCACAACGAAGUGGAGCGGCGGCGUCGGGACAAGAUCAACAACUGGAUCGUGCAGCUCUCCAAGAUCAUCCCUGACUGCUCCAUGGAGAACACCAAGUCUGGCCAGAGCAAAGGGGGGAUCCUGUCCAAGGCCUGCGACUACAUCCAGGAGCUGCGGCAGAGCAACCAUCGCCUGUCCGAGGAGCUGCAGGGCCUGGACCAGCUGCAGAUGGACAACGAAGUCCUCAGGCAGCAGGUGGAGGAGCUGAAGAACAAGAACCUGAUCCUGCGGGCACAGCUGCGCCAGCACGGCGUGGAGAUCGUCAUCAAGAACGACAGCCACUGACGGGCACCAGGGCGGGCACCAGGGCGGGCAGGGGGGCACC